UUUUGUUGAAUAUGGUUGAAUAUAACAAGGCAACAAACUGGGAAGAGCGGCAACGCUGCACAGGGAGAGAAGGGGUAAUCCAGAAUUUUCUUGUACGUAGACAAGACGGUGUGGCGUAUGGUACUCUUGAGAGUAAUACACAGAUUCCUUUUGCUACAGUUUACUCAAAUUCGGGAAAAGUGAAUUGAACUGAUCUUCGGCGAUGGAAAAGGAUGGACGCCGCCAUGUUGGAUGGUGCCUUGAUGGCAGAAACUACGAAUCAUGGAAGUUCGGGAUGAAAUUGGCACUACAAAGUGAUGAGCUCUGGGGAAUUGUUGACGGGACUGAACAAAAACCUGAUGUGAGACGCAAUGAUGCCCAAGCCAUUGUGAAUGCAGCUGAUAUCACCAAUUGGGAGAAGAAAAACACCAGGGCAAUGCAGAACAUAUUCGGAGCCAUUAAAGAAGAACAAUCACGAAUCCUGAUGACCUGCAACUCAGCCAGAGAGAUGUGGAUCAAACUAGAAUCUGAGUAUGAAGAAGCUGCCGCUGAUAGCAUACCAUUAUUGUGGACCAAGUUUUAUGGGUGCACCUUUAGGCAAGGCCAGAGUGUCUCAAGUUUUUUGACAGAACUAGAGCAAAUUGCAUUUCGUCUGAAGAGCCUCAACAUAGCCAUUGAUGACGAACAAAUAAUGGCAAAAGUCCUCAUGUCACUACCUGCAGAAUUCCGUGUCUUUGGCUUUGCUUGGGAAAGUACACCCGUCGCUGAGAAGACUCUAAAAAGGCUCACGACCCGUCUCAUUACACUCGACAAGAGCAUGAGAAAUGAUGAAGAAAAACGAUCAACUCCUGAUGCAGCAUUUCUCAGUAAGAAUAAAAACGGCGCUGAACCACAUGAUGAAGAAUCAAGAGAACGUGCUCUACCUGCCCAGUUCGAUCGUGGAAAACGAGGCCAUCCUUCUCAUCAACAGUCUGGCGCAACGAAGGAAUGCUGGGAGUGCAAAUCGACGACGCAUGUCAGAGCUCAAUGUCGUAAAUACAAACGCCGGCGUGAAAAAGAGGAAGACGAAGCAGACAGGAUUGUCGAACAUAAGGAUUUCCGACACAAGGAUCGGUAUCUUUUCCAGCAUACUUUGUAUUGAUGUCAUUGUAUUGUCUUCAUGUCCUGUGUUUCCUCAGUUUGAGGGGAGGUGUUGAAUAUGGUUGAAUAUAACAAGGCAACAAACUGGGAAGAGCGGCAACGCUGCACAGGGAGAGAAGGGGUAAUCCAGAAUUUUCUUGUACGUAGACAAGACGGUGUGGCGUAUGGUACUCUUGAGAGUAAUACACAGAUUCCUUUUGCUACAGUUUA